CCGCAUUCGAACAUGAAGGUGGGUGCAUGUUGUCGAAGUCACCGCAAUGCGCCCUUGAGCGGCAGGAGUGAAUUGCAAUCGCAGCCCGCCAUCAUGGCCCAAGCGUGUGCCAGCCCGCAACCUUGUAUAAGACCAUCCACAAUCGGUACCGCAGAUACGCUUCUCCCACUCGGCUGCUAAGUCAACAACUUCACUUCGGCCAUGUCGGACCAAACGAAUCAGACCGAAGCUCUCGACCCACAAUUUCCGAACGACUCGUCGAUUACUGCAUGUCCCGACGAAAUUCUGCUCGUAGUAUUAGAGUUCCUAGAGUGCCAGAACUCUCUCUGCGCUGUUUCUCGAACCUGCCGCAAAUUCCAACGGCUUGCGCAGCAACGGUUGUAUACAUCGAUCUCUCUUGUCCGCCCUAAGGAGCGUUACGACGACAGCAAUGUGGAACGUCUACUCCGGACUGUCGUCGAACAGCCUGAAUUGGCGAAGAAAACCAACCGCCUCUUCGUUGAGGCCAUGUCUCAUCCACUUCGCAUCGCGCCGGCCGUUUUCUCCGGGCUUACUUCUAUACAACAAAUGCAUUUCGGUGACGGAUGGCUUCGUUUCCCGGAAAUUCCACGUGUGGGUCUGUUGAUUGCUCGCCUUCCCAAUCUGGAGCAUCUCGACAUCAACCUGUACAAGAGUUCCGAAGAUGGGGAGGUAGUGUGGUUAUGCGAAUCCGCGGUACCCUAUCUUCUCCCGGACUUGGACCUCUCGAUUUCAAGGCAUCUCUCCAGUAUACCCGGAUUUUGGAGCUUGAAAACCUUGAGGAUUAAUGGUUGCCGCCUAGACUGCGAUUGGUUUGAGCUACCAAAUCUGGAGCAUGUCACAAUCGGGGGCCGUUCAGAUGUGUUGCAUAGCACAUCUCCGAAAGGCAGCAACAUCUCAUCCAUUAGACACUGCCUCCAUUGGUAUGCGAUGCGUUAUUUGUAUGUCGGCCGGGGGAAUUUAGAAGACUUCCGUUCUUUGCUCCAACACUUUCCUCGCUUGCGCAAAUUACAGUUCGACAUCGGCUCGCCCCGGCUAUUGCCCCGGAACUACGCAAGGCCACGAGAUGUUUUUAGCUGGGCGUUCCUCGCCGCUCGGCUGCGCCCGGUCGCUUCAUCCCUGGAAGUCUUUCGAGUGAGCCCCGACCUUGACUCCUUCCCCUGGUAUCUUGGCGUUGUACGGCCAGUGGGAGAUCUUUCUCACUUCUCGCAGCUGAAGACCCUGGAGCUCCCCCAGGCAGCUCUCCUUGGGCCUUCGUAUGCCGGCGGGGCAAUUGAUAUGCGGACCCUUCCUCCUUCCAUCGAGACCUUAGAUAUAUGGUUUCCGACAUUUGCCAUCCUGAAUUGGCUGGACUAUCUCUACAUGACGAUACCUGACUUUCCGCAUCUCAAGGCUGUCAACAUACGCUGCCACGAUGAAUGGAUCUUUGAGAAGCGCCAGGGCACUAGUAGGCGCCUGGAGAUCUUAUAUCUCGAGGACCUUGGACCUACUAUGGCCACCCACCCGAUAUGGAAGCAACUAUGGCACGCCGGGAUCCGCGCUGUAGUUGUCAACCGUCACGAGAAGUUCGACGAAGCCUGGUGGGAUGCAGACUACGAUCCGGUGAUGGCCUCAGUCGUGAAGUGGCUUGAUCUGAAGAAGGAUACGAAAUGCGUAUCGGAUGCCGAGUUCUUCGUGCAAUUCUAUGAUUUCUUCAGCCUUACGCGGUGGAUUAAUGAUACCCCCCUAAUUUGCUGAAGAAAUGUCUACAGCCUUUCUUAGCUGUCCAGGUAGUAUGCUGAUAAAGAAGCGUAGAUUGCUCGCAUGUCUGCAUCUGUACCCAUUUCUUCUCACUUCUCGUCGCACUAGGCACUUACGCAUUCCGCCAUGGUCACUGAAUUGGACAUGCAUUAU